AUGAGCUUUCUAGCCAAGUUAUCUCAGCUUAAGAAACCCGUAACAGAGCGGAAUACCAAAAAGGUUGAAAAGAAUAUCUCAAAUGAAUUGUCUGUUGACCCGCUGAGAAGCGAGUCCAACCUUCUGCCGAAGAACUAUGUUAGAGAAGAGGAUCCAGCAGUACGGAGGUUGAAGGAACUUAGACGACAAGAGCAACUAAAAAAAGGUGCAAACAAACCAAAGCCGCCUGCGCCGUCCAACAAACGUAGAAGGCGUGAUGAUGAGCCCAUGGCAACUGAGGCAAAAUUUAAGCGGAAAAUUGGAGCAAAUGAUAAGAAACCUGUAACUCCUCUCACUCGAAGAGAACCACUUAAAAAGUUAAGUUUUGAAGAGUUGAUGAAGGAGGCUGAAGAAAAGGCAAAAAAUAAAUCAGCUAGUCCGGAAUCUUUUGCUCCUAAUCAUAAGAAUGCUCGAAAACCUCCCUUACAAAAACCAGGUUUUAAAUCUGGAAAAUCCAAAGUGCGAACACAAGCUAAUCAAACACCACCUAGCAUUAAAAAGGAAACGAAGCCUAAGAUCAAGGUACCUUUAGCUAAGGCAGCCUUGGCACAGCCUAGCGAAAAGUUACGCAAGAAACUAGAUUUGAUAAAAAAAAGUCGUCGUGAUCAGGGUUACGAGGAUGACGGAAACCUCGAUGACUUUAUUGAUGACGAUGAAGAGGAGCUUGAUUAUGAUAGAGAUGAAAUAUGGGCAAUGUUCAACAAAGGCAGAAAAAGAGCUGAGUAUCAAUACAGUGAUGAUGAGUCUGAUAUGGAGGCCAAUGAACUUGAAAUAUUUGAGGAAGAAGAAAAAGCAAGUAGAAUGGCUAGAUUAGAAGACAAGAGGGAACAGCAGUGGCUAAAAAAGCAUGAAGAGGAAAAGAGAAGAAGGAUGAAUCGCAAAUAA